AUGACUACCAGGUUCCCACAGUCCGCAGGUCACACAGAUGUCAUGGGAGCACAUCAUCAAAACCAGAGGUUUGUAUUACGUUGAAAUACAAGUUGCCUUCUGAAGACUUUGUGAUCCUGUUACAUAUAGGCUACUUAUUAGCGAAGUUACAGCUGCUUAGUGUCAUAAUCGUAUAGUCAAAAAAGCCGAAUGUAGGCCGAUAGUUUUGAGUCGGACUGCAACAUGCUGUAGAUUUUACUUGAAAUGGGAGAGAAAUUAACGCCAGCAGGGUACACCCUUCAUCAAGCAACAGAACACUGCGUUGGACGGUCUCAUCCUAAACUACCCACACCGCUCUCAGUAGGCUACACAGCUAGACCAUGUAAGGCAGCCUGGAAGUUAGCUUUUUCAUUCACUCUUGAGUUUAAACUUUGCAGCGCAAAACACUUUUGAAGUGUUGCUGUUUAUCUAGGCUAAUUUGAGUGGCUCUUCACUCACGCAGAGGUUCCCUGACGGACUUUUUUUUUAAACAAUGGAGCGCGACUUAAUCUUGUGGACGGAUUGGUAUCUAAAAUGUAUGUUUCUGUGCACUUGCUUGUUCUCGGCCAAUUCAGAGUUCGAUGGCAGGUGGCCUACACAGACAGCAUCAUCCAGUGGACUUUGUCGAUAUGCUGGACGACUUGACUGCUGCUGGGGUUGGACACGACAUUCAUGGGGUCACUGCCAACCAUCCUUCGUCUUAACCCUCAAAGUAGUCGGGAUAAAGUGCAGAGCCAAAGCUGUAUGCCACCCUGGCUGCAAGCACGGCCAGUGCGCUGGCCCUAACAAGUGCAAGUGCGACCCUGGCUUCACUGGAAAGACCUGCAACCAAGAUGUCCACAUUUGUGCCAUGGCAAACUGUCAGUAUGGCUGUGACAUGGUGAGAGGAGACGUUCACUGCCAAUGCCCAUCUCCUGGAUUACAUCUGGCCCCAGACGGAAGGACAUGUGUGGAUAUAGAUGAGUGUGCCGCUGGUCUUGCUGUGUGCCCCAGGUUCCACAGAUGCAUGAACACCUUUGGGAGCUACAUCUGCAAGUGCUUUGAGGGCUUUGCCAUGCAGUUCAUCAAUGGAAAACACCAAUGCAAAGCAAUACCGAAGGUGAUUAUUGAGCCUCCAAGACCCCGGAAAACACCACCAAACAAUAACGGUAAAAAACUCCCUGAUGCUGACCUGACGAGGAUCACCACCUCACAAUCACCAGUGACCUCACCAACUAAAGCAAAAUCCCCCAGCACCACCGCUACUACUGCAGCGCCUCCCCAGCGAAGGAAGACAAUUACCCAUAAACCACCUGUUCCCACGCGUCAGCACCAAAGACCCACCCUGAAGACUCCAUUAGUGUUCACCCCCAACCCACAUUUGAGACCCUGGAGGCCACCAUUCUCCUUCACAAAGGCCCCCUCUCGCACUCCUAAGGUCAACCCCACACAGUGGCCCCCUACUUCACCGGACACCUCCUUGGAUAACAGAAUAAGCAAAGACUUCACACCAAAACAGAGAGGAGAUGUCCACAUACCACGGAAACCAGGCCAGGGCAAUGGACUGGGUUUUGAUUUUGAUGUUGAACUGGGAAACACUGAAGAGGAAAUGGGUGAUGAUCCGGAGGCUGGUGUUCUAAGUUGUUCCUUUGACUAUGGCCUUUGUGGGUGGAUUAAGCACGGGGAAGGAGACACACAGUGGGCAAUAACAGAAUAUCCUUCAGGUGGGAAAUAUCUGACUCUCCCUGAAGUGACUGUGAAACACAGUGGAAGGGGAGCUCAGCUUAUCCUGCCUCCUCUCAGUCCACUGCGGAGCCUGGACUUUAUGUGUUUGUCCUUUCAACACAAGCUUGCUGGCCAUCAUGUGGGCAUGUUGCAGGUGUUUGUGGAGAAGGGUAGGCAGCACAGCCCAGCCAUGUGGGGCAGGAUGGGGGGCAGUGGCUGGAGCUCGGCCCAGAUCACACUGUGGGGCAACAAACUUGAAAGAAUAAUUAUAAAAGGUGAGCGGAGGCGAUAUCGACAAGGAGAGAUAGCUCUUGAUGACAUCUCUCUGAGAAGGGGGCGCUGUUCAGAGGAGCACAGGAACUGAAACAGUCACAACUUUGUGUUCUUUUCCACGGGGCCAGGCUAAAAGCACCCCAGUUUACAAGUAAUGAGGGUAUAUGUCUUUGAUCCUUCUGCCCCUGUUUAUUCACAUGUAUGAGGGGUCUGAUACAUAAUUGCUAACAGACUAUUCCGGGCAAACAUCGGUAUAUCGAUAUAUAUGUUAUCGGUAUAUAUGUUAUCGGUAUCUCUGAUUUUAGCAUGGCAAAUAUGAAACACUAUCUGCUUCUAUUGUAACUUGGCCUUACAGAUAAUCAGGAGAAACUGAUGUGUUACAGCAGAUAAGACUACAGUCAUUUUUGUAAUAACAUUUAACAUCAAGUGCAGUCCUCUGUCUUCCAGGCCUAUUAUUUCCAAACCUUUGUAAACCCUCAUGGGUUAGAAUACUUUCUGCACUGCUCUUCGAUUUCCACAAUGGAGAGCUCGAGCUCCAAAGACAUGAGCAUGUUGCUCACUGAAUUAAGUAGAGUUCCGAUACUUUUAUCACCACACUUAAUUGCUGCUUCACACUACUGUAACUGUAUAUUUUUGUAUAUAACUGAAUAUUUGGCUUUCAAUUACAUGGUUUCAAACUGCUUUGUUCAUUUCCAUCUCAUUAAUGUGUAUUAUAUGUAUGUAUGUGUAUUUCCUUGGGUUGGAUUUACUGUAUGUACUGUCAGACACCAAAACCUUCUUUCAAAAAGGCGGCUGGUAAUCUACCUGGGCUCAAUGAUGUUUGUUGCCAAAAUGUUUGGUGAAACAAACCCAGACUGCAUCACCACCCUACCCCCCAGUUCUCUAUUAUCCCAAUCUAGAUGUCCCGAACUAAGAAGAUAUUUACUUUUACUCAAAGUAUUUUUUGCUGAUGUUGCGAGAAGAGUUUUCUCAUUUCUCAUUUCAGCGGGAGUCUGUUCGGGAAUUUUUCCAGUGGGCUGGGCUGGUCAGUGUUUUUUUUUUUCCUUUCCCUUUCCCAAGCCUUUAGACAUUACAUAGCCUAUACAGGUAUUCAGUAAGUCGUCUUCUUGAACACGUUAAUCCAGUGGUUGCCAGGGGAUCUAUUAACGAUUCAAAAUUUAGCGGCCUUUCCCACGAAACACCAUAACACUUAAUUCAACGUUUAAUAAAUUCAUGGUUUUCAUGGGUGGGAAUGAUGUAGCCUAUGUAGGUGUGUGUGUACAUGCGAGGAGAGAGUGUAGCAUUUUUGCUUGAAAUGCCCAUCCCAUACAACCUUUCAAUGGCUUGUAGCGCCGCACCAUAACUACAUGGCAUUUAGUUUUACGUGACAGGAUGAGGUAACAUUGAAUAAACUGCAGGUUAUACACGGGUGCGGUCAAUACAUGUGUUUGUUACAUACAAUUACAUAACAUACUGUAAUUCGGGUUAUACUGUAUAUGGUGCAGUUUAUCUGCUGUUGAUGUUAAUUGAGUUGAUGAACCAUCCCUUUUCUGAAAUAAUGAGAAUGGCCUGCUAAUAUCUCUAUCAGUGUAUUUUGAGACUGAAGGAUGGAGGAGGGGGGAGCAGGGCGUGUGCUGGCCUUUUGCUCCUCAGACAAACAGCCCACCAUUUUGCCACUUGCUUUAAAAACAUUUAGUUUUUACACCGGUGGACAAAUAUGCUUGGGUAGAAGUGCACUAUUGAAUAAACUGUUGGUUACACACACACCAAAUCUUGACCAUAGAUUCCAAA